UUUCCCCUCACAAACAUGGCGUCCUACAGUCGUCUCGGACGUUUGUUUACUUGUUCUGCUGCAAAGUCAGGACCCCUUGUUCACCCAUCUAUACGCGGGUAUCAGGGAGCAGGACUGCACUGGGCUCCACUUAAUACAGUCCACAAUAAGAGAUGGACUCCGUUGCCCACCUCGCACAUUCCAGUACGGAACAUGUUCAUUCAGACCCAAGAUACCCCAAACCCCAAUAGCUUGAAGUUUCUGCCUGGUCGUGUGGUUUUGGAAGCUGGAACAAUGGACUUUGCAGCACCUCGAGAUGCAUAUUGCUCUCCCCUGGCCAGACAGCUCUUCAGAAUAGAUGGAGUCAAGAGCGUCUUUUUCGGCCCAGACUUUAUCACCAUCACCAAGGCAGAUGUAGAUCUGGAGUGGAAAGUGAUCAAGCCUGACGUCUUUGCUGCCAUCAUGGACUUCUUCACCUCAGGGCUUCCUGUCGUCAAUGAAGAGGAUACUCCUAGUGCAGACACAGCCCCAUCAGAGGAUGAUGAUGAGGUGGUUACCAUGAUCAAAGAGCUCCUGGAUACCCGCAUCAGGCCCACAGUGCAGGAAGAUGGGGGUGACGUGCUCUACAGAGGCUUUGAAGAUGGCAUUGUGAAGCUGAAGCUGCAGGGCUCCUGCACUAGCUGCCCUAGCUCCAUUGUCACCCUGAAGAAUGGCAUUCAGAACAUGCUGCAGUUCUAUGUCCCGGAGGUGGAAGGCGUGGAGCAGGUGAAGGAGGAUGUGGAGAGCGUGGAGCAGGAGGCAAAGGCUUGAGCAUCAUGGAAACCUUUCAAAGUUCUACAGCCCCAGACAUUCCGCUCAUCCCUGUAGUUACCAGCGAUUCCCCCAGUUACAUGCAUAGCAUGAAAGUGUGUUACAGAAUGAAGAACAGCACGAUGCUUUGAGAGAAGACUACAGUUUUGAGGCUAUUGUUUAAAUGAAAACCCCAAGUAAUGCUAAAUCCUAGCACUCAGUGGUAACACCAAGCCGAUGUCAGUUUCAGCAUGGCAUGGGAUUGGUGGAUAGGAGGUGCCCUUAAGAUGUUCAUCUGUGGUGUUGACCAGCUUGUUCUGUAUCCUGUGUUACAAUUGCCCAUGACAGCUGGCAGAAGGACUGACAUUUUUUUCAUUGUCAGGGAUGGGUUUGUGGAAAGGUAGAAGAUCUUAAGAUUAUUUAUUGGUUGUCAUAAUUUGUUUUCCCCUAAGAGCAACAGACAUGUACUCCUCAUGCACUCCUCCCAGUGCAAUAGACAGGUGUUUGAAAAUAGCAAUUUUGGGAUUUUAACAAAAAGACACCUACUCCGCACUUGUUUGUGUAUAGUGUAUAUAGAAUAAGUGAAGAGCUUUAAUUUAAAGUGCAUCUGCUGUUGAACACAUACAAAUGCCUUGCCUCUGAGACUUACAUGUAAGGCAUACUGAAACAUCAUUGUUUUGUCACUGGAAAUGAAUGUUGAAGUGUGGUUUGAUCCCAGAGGAAGUAAACGCACAAAAAAGCAAAUGUAUGCAAUGCCCGCCCAGUUUCCUCAAUCCUUUUCAGUUUCUCUCCUUGUAGAAUGUUUUAUUUUGCUCAUGUUACAUCCAUAAUCAUCACAAAUGAUCUGCUUCCAUUUAGUAAGUAUUAUUUUUUGGCUAUAGUGAACUUGCUGUCUGGUUUAUAUAUCCUGAGUAAUAAAGGGGCUUUUUGUUUGAUAUGUUGUGUAAAAUGUAGGAAACAUUACCAUAACUUAGAACAAUCCAUCCAAAUUGCAGUUAGCCCAAAGCCUUGGGGCAGGAGUUGGCUCUGGGCUGCGCUCUGACAGGUAAUGUUUUAUACAUAAUUACAAAACAUCAAAUGAGACUCUCCCUGGUGUGUCCGCUGUAAUGAGUAAUUGCAAUUACAACAUUUGCAGUAUUGUCAACUUACAGUAUCUCAGCGUGAUCAGGCAUUAUGUCCAGACCAUUUAAAACUUUUUAAGACUGAUAUUGUAUAGAUAUAUACUGGUUUGAAGUGCAAAUAUAUGAAUACAUUAAUUGUAUAAACAUAAAAUAUAUUUUACUGCUGUAACAGAUAUGUAAUAAAAAUGCAAACAUAUUGUUAAAACACCUCUUCUCCUUAAAUGAUAUUUGUAAGGGCCCAACUCUUAAAAUUUGACACAGUCCUCAGAUAAAAUGACAGGUGCUGAGACAACACACAACUGCUGGA